AUGCUGGUCGCCGGGAGCCCGGCCGCCGGCAUACCAUACUACACCCAUGUGUUCCACCCAAAUGUCCCUGAAUUUCAACCGCUUCCAGCAACAUCUGUACCUGCAGCUGAUAUCACUCUUCGUCAGUUUUCAAAUAACUGGAAGAAUGUUCGGGCAGCUCUUUUAAAAGCAUCCUCUAGGUACAAGAAGUUUGCGGAUAAGAAGCGUAGGGCAAUUCCUGCCCUCAGAGCUGGUGAUUUUGUCUGGCUGUCCACAAAAAAUCUAAUACUUAAAGUUCCAAGUAUGAAGUUUGCUCCCCGCUAUAUCGGCCCUUUUCUAAUUGAACAAGUCAUCAAUCCAGUUGCUUACAAGCUCAAGUUACCUCCAUUUCUGAAGAUUCCCAGGACAUUUCAUAUUUCACUCCUGAAACCAGUGAUACUGAGCUGUUUCCAUUCAGCGCUCCCCUCUGCACCUAAAGUUCAGACGCAACGUGGUGUUGAGUAUGAGGUCGCCAAGAUCCUGGAUUCACACUUCCGGUCUUAUGUCCAUGUCCGAGCAACGUGCUCUCCCGGUGAGCUCGCUGCAAAAGCGGCCUCUCUGAUCAGCAAGUCUUAUGUCCAUGUCCGAGCAACGUGCUCUCCCGGUGAGCUCGCUGCAAAAGCGGCCUCUCUGAUCAGCAAGUCUUAUGUCCAUGUCCGAGCAACGUGCUCUCCCGGUGAGCUCGCUGCAAAAGCGGCCUCUCUGAUCAGCAACUACUCCAGGAAUCAUCCAGUCUUCCUGCAACCCAGUGACUAUUUCUGGGUGAAGAAUGAGUCCAUGUACGGUUUGCCAUUUGGCACAAGAGGCAGCGAGGAACUGCUGAUGAAAAUUCUGUCUCUCACAAGCCAAUAUCAUGUACCACAGGAAAUAGAGAGGUUGCAGUGCAGACGGUGUGUUGUAGUUGGCAAUGGACAUCGGCUCAAAAACAGCUCGCUGGGUGAAAUCAUUAAUAAAUAUGAUGUGGUCAUCAGGUUGAACAAGGCCCCAGUCCACAAGUACGAGAAGGACGUUGGCAGUAAGACCACCAUGCGCUUCUUCUACCCAGAAUCUGCUCAUUUUGACGUCCAAUUGGAUAACAAUCCAGACACUUUAUUGGUUCUGGUGCCAUUCAAACCCCUAGACAUCCAAUGGAUCCAGAUUAUGUUUAAUGAUGAAAAGAGGGUCCGUAAAGGUUUUUUUAAAAUGCCCCCUAUAAUAUGGGAUGCGGAUCCUCAGAAUACACGCAUCCUGAACCCUUACUACAUGGAAGUGACUGCUAUGAAUAUUCUACGUCCUUUGCUCUCCAAAAAGAAGAAUGUGAAGCCGACUACGGGAAUGCUAGCCAUCACCUUUGCCCUCCACUUCUGUGACCAGGUUCACAUUGCAGGGUUUGGGUACCCGGCGCUCAGCAAUAAGACGCAGCUCGUUCACUACUACGAGGAGGUGACCAUGAAAUCCAUGGCUGCAUCACCACAUAACCUCACGCUUGAAGCCAUGGCAAUAAGAAAGUUUCUUCAGCAUAGACUUCUUCAAAAUCUGACUUAUUUCUGAAGAUAGGAUUGUGUAUGUAGAAUAUCUACAAGCCUCUACCCUGUGGUGCAAUCAAGAGGACAGUAUGCUGGACACGCUGCUCUGUGCCACCUUUAAGUCAGUGAAAGGAACGUUUUUGCAAAACUGUGGCUCAACAUUUCACAAAUGCACAUUGGACUGGAGGACGCAUUCAGACCAGGGUACAUACCCAGUUAUAAGUACUUCGGGCAUCUAGCAAUUGGACUUGAAAUGGACUAACGGAUUACAUUUUAUUGACGCAGC